AUGUCCCUCAAAGUUGCCAUCAUCGGCGCUGGCCUCAUCGGUCCCCGCCAUGCUCAAUCCGUCAUUGCGAAUCCAACCACCGAGCUGAUUGCCCUGGUCGAUCCAGCACCAACAGGCAAAGACACCGCCACCAAGUUGAACACCAACUUCUAUUCCACCGUGGCAGACCUCCUAGCCUCCCCACACAAACCCGACGCAGCAAUCGUGUGCACUCCAAACCACACGCACGUCCCCGUGGCCAAGGAGCUCCUCGCAGGCGGAGUCCACGUCCUCCUCGAAAAGCCCGUCAGCGACACUCUCGAAACAGGCCGCUCCCUGCUCGAGUUCGCCCGAGCCCCAGAACACGCCCACCUCAAGCUCCUAGUCGGCCACCACCGCCGCUUCAACCCCUACGUGCGCGCCACAAAAGCCGUCCUGCAGUCCGGCUCCCUGGGCCGAGUCAUCGCCGUCAACGGCCUGUGGACACUAUACAAGCCAGACGCGUACUUUGCCGCCCCAACCGACUGGCGCGCCUCUAGCGCUCGCGGCGGCGGCGUCAUCCCCAUCAACCUCGUGCACGACAUCGAUCUAAUGCACCACCUCUUCGGCCCAAUCGUCCGCGUACAAGCCGAAAAGACCCUCCCCCAACGCCCCAGUCCCCCCCAUGACGCCGACGAAGGCGCCGCACUAACAAUGCGCUUCGCCUCCGGCGUCGUCGGCACAUUCCUCGUCUGCGAUGCAACGCCCUCCGCGCACAACUUCGAGUCCGGCACGGGCGAGAACCCGAUGAUCCCGCGCGCGAGCGACGCCUCGGACUUUUACCGGAUUUUCGGCUCAGAUGCCUCGCUGAGUGUGCCUGAUCUGACGCGGUGGAGUUAUGGGGCUGCGGCGAAGAGUUGGUCGAGUGCGUUGGUUGCGGAGAAGAUUGCGUUGCCGGAUGAGGAGGCGCCGUUUGAUUUGCAGUUGGCGCAUUUUGUGGAUGUUAUUCGUGGGGUGGCGGAGCCCAGUUGUUCGGGGGAUGAGGGGUUGAGGGCGUUGAUUGUUUGUAAGGCUGUGCAGACGGCGAUGCAGACGGGGUUGCCGGUGGAGAUUCCUGUUCAUCCGUUGGCGUAG